AGAAGUGCUUAUACAUUAUACGAUAAUUGUAAAUGUUUACUUCAAGGUUUUUUACUUUUCAUACAGACCAAUGUGAAUCAAAUUAUAAAAAUACGCGCACGAUUGCUAAUCAUUUGUAUGAUAUUCAACAAGAUGUGAUAAAAUAUACGGAAAAUAUUACUUCCGCAGAUUUAUUGAAUUUUGCUAGACAAGUAGUUACAGGAAUGGAAUUUUUAUCUUCUAAUCGGAUUGUACAUCGUGAUUUAGCUGCUCGUAAUGUAUUAGUGCGACCAGAUAGAGUAGUGAAAAUUUCAGAUUUUGGUCUCAGCCGAGACAUCUAUCAAGAGAACGUUUAUCGAAAAAAAGGUGACGGUAAAUUGCCUUUAAAAUGGAUGGCGAUCGAAGCUUUAACGCAUCAAAUAUAUACUACUUACAGUGACGUAUGGGCUUUUGGUAUCUUAUUGUGGGAAAUAGUUACUUUAGGUGCCAUGCCAUAUCCUGGUACUCCUACAAAUAAAAUUUUGCAACUUCUUAAAUCUGGAUAUCGAAUGGAAAGACCGUCAAAUUGUAGUCAGGAAUUAUACAACAUAAUGUAUUCAUGUUGGAACAUAAGACCUCAAAGUAGACCUACUUUUACGGAAUUAAAACAAAGUUUGGACAAAUUGCUUAGUAAUUAUUCGGAAAACAAAUACUUGAAUCUGUGCGAUGUUCUGUACGAAUCAGCAAAUGAAUAUAAUGAAUCAAGAUCGAUUAAAGCAUGUUAAAUAGAAAAUGUGUAAUAUAUAAAGAAAUAAAGCACAUAACUAUUAA